UCAUUCCCUGAAUUUGAGCAUUACUAUUGCACCCUGUUUCCAUUGCCACUUCUUCCAAACCUGGAUUUCAAAACCAAUAAACUAUGGUUCUGACGAUCCUUAGUAUUUUCAGAUUCAACGCCAAUCCAUCUCAAUAUCUCAGACAACACCCGUCUCAAAACCAAAAUAAAAAUCAAUUCUUUCUUUGAUUUUCUCUCUCACUUUCUCUUCAUUCAUUCUCUCUCUUUCUCUCUCUCUCUCGAUUUGUGAUUGAGGCAAAUGGGGGCGUAUACCGCUGAUGAAGAUUACGAUUAUUUGUUCAAGGUGGUGCUGAUUGGUGACUCUGGUGUGGGAAAAUCGAACCUUUUGUCGAGAUUCACCAAGAAUGAAUUCAGCAAUGAAUCAAAGUCCACCAUUGGGGUUGAGUUUGCCACAAGAAGCAUUAGGGUAGAUGAUAAGAUUGUCAAGGCUCAGAUUUGGGACACUGCUGGCCAAGAAAGGUAUCGAGCAAUUACAAGUGCAUACUAUCGAGGAGCCGUUGGGGCAUUACUAGUGUAUGAUGUUACGCGCCAUGUAACAUUCGAGAAUGUGGCAAGGUGGUUGAAGGAGCUGAGAGAUCACACAGAUGCAAACAUUGUGGUUAUGCUUGUGGGAAACAAAGCAGACCUCCGCCAUCUGCGGGCAGUUUCAACCGACGAUGCCACGGCCUUUGCUGAAAGAGAGAGCACAUUUUUCAUGGAAACAUCUGCUCUGGAGGCCUUCAAUGUCGAAAACGCCUUCACAGAGGUCAUGAAGCAGAUCUAUCAUGUUGUGAGCAAGAGGGCACUCGACAUUGAUGAUGAUCCAACAUCUUUACCAAAAGGGCAAUCAAUCAAUGUUGGGUCUAGAGAUGAUGUUUCAGCAGUCAAGAAUGGUGGAUGUUGCUCUUCCUGAACUUGCACUCAGAAUCUCUCGAUUUGCAUAUUCCUUGUUUAUAUCAAUGUAGAGAGCAUCAUUGUCGUAGAGAGCAUCACUCUCUAACCUUUCUAUUUCUUUGUCUAUAGAGAAAUCAAAUCAGCCUUAGGAAAUAUACACUUUAAUUGUGCUUGCUUCUUAUUUUGUUGUGUAUUAUCAAGGUAUUCGUUUAUUUAUCUAAUCUAAUAUAAUUCAUUCAGUACUUUGCUUUGCUUCACUCUUGUCUAUGAAUAUUGGCAAAAGCAUCUAACCUUGUUCUUUCCCCAAUCAUAUGCAACAUUCAAAGUGAAAACUAAGGUGUAGUCGACUUAACGGAAAGUUGAUAGUCGAGAGCCGCAGAAUGAAAAUUUAAUCAAAUCAGUCAAAUCAUCUACCGGCUCUUAGUUAUCAACUUCU